UUUAUAUUUAAAGUUAUUUUACAGCUCUUUGAGAUCAGUUCAAUAUAGGGAAGAUGUUGCUUUCAGUAUGGAUAUUGCUUUUAUUGAUUUUUAAUAAUUAUCAAAUAAUUAAUGCAGCUAAUGAUGAUGAUAAAUUGAUUUUCUGUAUGUAUUUGACAAGAUCAGCUGAGCGACAAGCCGAUGGAAAUUUUCAAGUAGAAUAUAUUGAUGAACGUUAUUGUACACAUCUAAUAUAUGCUUAUAUGGGUAUAGAUGACAAUGGUGUAAUUAAAUCAUUAAAUCCCAUUUUAGAUUUUGAAGAAAAAUCUGGCCGAGGUAAUAUUAGAAAAUUUAAUAACAAAAAACAUUAUAAUGUAAAUCUGAAGACUCUUGUUGCUGUUGGUGGUUGGGAUCCAACUGAAAGUUCAAGACGAUACUCUUUAAUAUUUCUAGAUGAAGCAAAUCAAGAUAGAUUUGUAAAAAGCACUAUUGAUUUUAUAGUGAAACAUAAUUUUAAUGGAUUAGCACUUCAUUGGACAUAUCCUGGUUUAAAUGGCGGAGAUGUAAAUAGAGAUAAGCACAAUUUAACGUCACUGCUAAGAAAAUUAAAAGAAGAAUUUUCUAAAAAAAAUCUUUUGCUUGUCGCAAUUUGUCAAGGUUUAACAAGUCAAAUAGAUGAUUCGUAUAAUGUUAAAGAUGUCUCUCAAAACGUUGAUUAUAUUUAUUUGACUUCAUAUGAUUUAUAUGGGGAAUGGAGUAAACAUAUUGGAAUUGCUAGCGGUUUAUAUCUUCAUCCAAAUGAAGAAGAUAAAGGAUUAAGUGUCGAUUCAGUUGUAACUAAUUGGAUAAAUCGUGGUGCUGAACCAAAACGAAUAAUAAUGGGUAUACCAUUAUUUGGUAGAACAUUUACAUUAAAAUAUGAAAAUCAAACAGAACCAGGUGCAUUUCAUGUUGGACCCGGUCGCAAAUCACAACAUUUACAAUAUGCUGGUAUUAUGAGCUAUAUGGAAUUAUGUCAAGUACUAGAUAAAGAAGGAUGGACUAUUAAAUGGGAAGAUACACAAAAAAAUCCAUAUGCAUUUAAAGAUGAUCAAUGGAUUGGAUUCGAAAAUACAAGAAGUUUAGAAAUAAAAUCAAGAUAUGUUAUUGAUAGAAAAUUAGCUGGUAUUGCUGCUGUAUUUGUUGAAGAUGAUGAUUUUAGAGGAUUCUGUGGUGAAAAAUAUGCACGUCUUAAAUUAUUAAACGGUUAUUUACGAUCUGGUCGUGAAUCUUCAUUUGAGUAUAUAUUAAAUGUUAGUGUUUUUAAGAAAAAUUUAAAAGACCAAUAUACUCAAUGUGUUUAUCAUUUGUCACAACCAUUAGAUAUAAGUUAAAAUUAUUUUAUCAUAUGUAUGUAUGUAAUUUAUGGAUAUCAUUAAUACAAUAUAUCAGAUUAAACAUAAAAUUUAUCAUAA